AUGUCGUUCUUCUCGUCCCUCCAACGAUACGCCGGAGCUUUUGCAACCGUCGCAGCCGGUGCUAUCAUCGCUAGGGUCGUUGGCAACAUGCAGUCAGAUAUGCAGGAUGACACGCCUGACCAGGUGACACAACAACCAGGCAAUUAUAAGCCCACUCCCAUCGAUGUUAUUGUGGUCAGAGUGAUGCUAGAGAAAGCAUCCAAGCUACCGCCAGAAGUCAUGGACAUCAUCAUCGACGAGGCAGAAUAUUGGGCGCACUCGCAAGCCAGCAUCUACCAUCCAGCCACGACUCUUCGUGUCGUUGGUACUACACAAGAUGAGAACAAACUUCUUCUGCGGUGCCCACCGAUUGGCUUCCACGACUUCAAGAAAGUCGGCCCAGCUUUCAAGACCGCGCCGCUCCCGCCCAAGUCAGGCGACGGAUCCCCCGUCACCGAGCCUCUCCGCAGCUUGACCCUCCUCGAACCCACGUCAAGCCCCACAGAGGUGGCCGAGGCUCCGAGAGAAUACUUUGCUGGAUCGAUGAAUCAGCCGCCUACGCUGACACACCCCGUCCGGAAGAUCGUCUUCAAGAUUCGCAGCAAAGAUCAGGGUUGGGGCGGCGGCGUUGGCGAUAGAGGAUCCUACCGAGGAUCUUGGUCUUGGUUUGAGGCAGGUCUAGAGAAGUUCGACAAGGAUCGAAAAUGCGACGGCUCUUGCAAGACGUCUGCACCAGCGCAGAACUUCGAAACAGAGGCCUCCGAAGACACAGAGUCGAAUUUCUGCACGUGUGGUCUUCAAUCAAUAUAUCCUCCCGUCGAAGAAACACCCCAUGGACACCUCGCAUACCACCACAACAUGCACCCACUCGAAAACCUCAAGAUCCAAACCAACAAGACUGCGCAUAGAGAAUUUAUGGACCAUGAGGUCGUCUGGUCUUGGACUGAUGAUAUCCAUCCUGAUUCGCCCGAGGCUGAUCGGUUGGUUGAGAUGGGCCGCGGCAGGGGCACUGGGACUGGCAAGUUUGUUCGUAGCCUGAAGCUGGGUGACGUUGUCACGGUAUGGGGCAAGGCCAGAUUCGGCGGCUGGGCCAACUACAUCGAGAGCGUCAAGGUUGAGAUUUACUGGGCGGUUUGA